AUGGCGGACGGUAUUGACAGACGUGCUGAUGACCGGAUGGAGUUUAACACCUCCAAGGAGGUGACGGUCGCCCCGACUUUCGAGGACAUGCACCUGAAGGAAAGCCUUCUUCGGGGUAUCUACGCAUACGGAUAUGAGUCUCCCUCUGCGGUCCAGUCGCGUGCGAUUGUCCAGAUCUGCAAAGGUCGCGAUACCAUUGCCCAGGCGCAGUCCGGUACCGGUAAAACGGCUACAUUCGCUAUUAGUAUUCUUCAGGUUAUUGAUACCGUUGUUCGUGAGAGUCAGGCCCUUGUCCUUUCCCCGACUCGCGAACUUGCAACCCAGAUUCAGUCUGUUAUCAUGGCCCUCGGUGACUACAUGAACGUCCAAUGCCACGCUUGUAUCGGAGGAACCAAUAUUGGCGAAGACAUCCGGAAACUCGAUUACGGCCAGCACGUCGUUUCGGGAACACCAGGCAGAGUCGCAGACAUGAUCCGGCGGCGCAACCUACGCACCCGCCACAUCAAGAUGCUCGUCCUCGAUGAGGCCGAUGAACUCCUCAACCGCGGAUUCCGUGAGCAGAUCUACGACGUCUACCGUUACCUCCCCCCAGCCACACAAGUUGUCGUCGUCUCCGCUACCCUCCCCUACGAUGUCCUCGACAUGACAACGAAGUUCAUGACGGACCCUGUGCGCGUGCUGGUCAAGCGUGACGAAUUGACCCUGGAAGGAAUCAAACAAUACUUCAUCGCCGUCGAAAAGGAAGAAUGGAAAUUCGACACUCUUUGCGAUCUCUACGACACCUUGACCAUUACACAGGCAGUCAUCUUCUGCAACACCCGCCGCAAGGUCGACUGGCUCACCGACAAGAUGCGUGAGGCCAAUUUCACUGUCUCCAGUAUGCACGGUGAAAUGCCCCAGAAGGAGCGUGACAGUAUUAUGCAGGACUUCCGGCAGGGCAACUCGCGUGUCCUGAUCUCCACCGACGUCUGGGCUCGUGGUAUCGAUGUCCAGCAGGUGUCUCUUGUUAUCAACUAUGACCUGCCCACCAACCGUGAAAACUACAUCCACCGUAUCGGUCGUAGUGGUCGUUUCGGUAGGAAGGGUGUCGCCAUCAACUUCGUUACUAGCGAUGACGUCCGGAUCCUGCGUGAUAUUGAACUUUAUUACUCUACACAGAUUGAUGAAAUGCCCAUGAACGUCGCCGAUCUUCUUUCUUAA